AUGGCGUCCGACUUAACGAACCCCGUCCUGGAGGCCUUGUCCACCUCCGAGGAGCCGAUUCUCUCCAGCAAAGCCUUCCCCUCCACCCCCUCACUUCAAGUCAAAAGUGCGCUUGAUCGGCUCGCUUCACGGCUUAUGGUCGAAUAUGAAGCAAUUAAUGGUGAGGCUAUUGCUCUGACGAAGGAAGGAGAGGACAUCGUCGCCAAUGGCAGUCACGAAGCUAAAGUUUUCCAGGCAGUGCUUGCUGCCAUGGAUGGGCUGAAGAUCAAAGAUUUGCCUGGAAUUGUCGGGAAAGAAAACGCUCAAGUUGGACAGGGAAAUGCUUUCAAGAAGGGCUGGAUCAAGAAGGACAAUGAUGUCUUCCGUGCGACAGCCGAAACCAUUGUCGACGACACUCAAGCCAACCUAUUAAAAAUCAAGGAGACCGGGGCCUUAUCGGACGGCAAACUUCUAGCGGAACUGAGAAAGCGGAAGCUUGUCACUGUUCAGAAGGUUAUUACCUAUAAGAUCUCAAAGGGCCCGAAGUAUGCCAAGGAAUUGGUCAAGGAGGAGACAGACUUGACGGUUGAGAUGCUCCAGAAUGGGUCAUGGAAGACUGCCCAUUUCAAACCUUACAACUUCAAGGCCAAGGGUGCGCCUCACCCCUCGGGUGCCUUCCACCCCCUCAACAAAGUCCGACAGGAGUUCCGAAACAUCUUCUUUGAGAUGGGUUUCGAGGAAAUGCCGACCAACCGUUUCGUGGAGACCGGCUUCUGGAACUUUGACGCCCUAUAUGUGCCCCAACAACACCCCGCUCGUGAUCUUCAAGACACCUUUUACAUCUCCGACCCCGUCACGGCCGACCCUCCCCGCGCAGACCCUGAAUUUGAUCCCCACCGUCCUAAGAGCGUGUUCAAACCCUCCGGAACGGAGAAGAAACUUGACUACAAGGAAUACUGGGAGAAUGUGCGGCAGGUACACGAGGAAGGCAAGUACGGGUCGAUCGGUUACCGCUACCCAUGGAGUGCGGAAGAGUCAUUGCGGCUGGUUCUUCGCACACACACCACCUCCGUCUCGACAUACAUGCUCCACAAGCUCGCCGCCAACCCGCGACCAGCCAGAUAUUUCAGUAUUGACCGUGUCUUCCGUAACGAGGCGGUUGACGCGACACACUUGGCCGAGUUCCACCAGAUUGAAGGUGUCAUUGCUGACUUCGGCCUGACCCUCGGAGGUCUCAUUGGCUUCAUGGAAGUCUUCUUCGCCAAGAUGGGCAUCCACCAGCUCCGCUUCAAGCCUGCCUACAACCCUUACACCGAGCCCAGUAUGGAGAUCUUCGGUUACCACGAUGGUCUAGGCAAGUGGGUGGAAAUCGGAAACAGCGGUAUGUUCCGGCCGGAGAUGUUGGAGCCUAUGGGCCUUCCCAAGGAUAUGAGAGUUUACGGAUGGGGUCUCAGUCUUGAGAGACCAACCAUGAUCAAGUACGCUGUGAGCAAUAUCCGAGAACUGCUCGGCCACAAGGUCGACCUCAACUUCAUCGAAACAAAUCCGGCGGUAAGAUUAGAAAAGGAAUAA